AUGUACCAGCCCAGGUUAACUUCUGCCGUCGUUGGGCGGAGCUUGUCAUUUUGCCAGCUCCAUCGUCGGCCAGCUGGUCGAUAUCGGUGCCGGCGCCAGUAUUCAGUCGCUUGCCGAGAGUGUGACGUCUUCGUGACUGGUCUGACUACUGCACGUGGUAUGUCACGACGUUCGCGUGUUUCCGAUGAAAUCGACGUAAUAUCCACUAGCGACGAUGAGAUUCCGCUGCCACCGUCAAAACCGCCAAUUACAAUACGUGGUGUUGGUCAUAUCACAAUGUGAGU